UUUGCAGCUGCUGUACUUCCUCUUCUUUAAUCUGCCGUCUCAUUUCUCCUUUACAGAACCGCACUGAAUGAGAGAAAUUUUUUUUAGCAAGGAAGUUGUAACUAUUUGAAGAACCUCUCAUGAGAAUUUUUUCCUGUUCUCAUGGGAAAAUCAGACUAAUAGUGUCAAAGAGGGACACAGUCUUUGGAGAAGAGAAGAUAGUUCCUUCUUGGAAACUUUACAAACUGCACCUGUGGGAUGAAACCAGGCCUCUGAAAACAACAUGAGGAUUUCUAGUAUCAAACUUUUAUCCCUUUGGUCUGUGAUGCAGAAAAGCAGUUUCGCUUUAGACGCCCCUAUAGAGUCAGGAACUGGCCUUUAAAGUGCUGAUACAUACUGCUGGGCGUGCUGAAGUUCACAUGCACAUACCCUGCAGACUGCUUCUGAAUUAGCUUAUUUCAUCUAAAAAGGCCAAAAUGAAAGUAGCAGCAUUCAAUGUAAGGAACUUGGGACGUCAGAAAGUCACAGACAAAAUGGUUUCCCAGUACCUCACUGAGAUUAUAUCCAAAUACAGCGUGAUCGUGAUAUUGGAGGUGGUUGAUAAAAGCGGCAAAGCCAUGGAGAAGUUACUUAAAAAACUCAAUAGUACCUCCGAUCAUCCCUAUGAAAUGAUCAGCAGCUCCUGUCUGGGAAGAAACACCUACAAGGAGCAGUUUGUGUGUUUCUACAGAUCAGACGAGGUUAAGCUUACAGAUCAAUAUCAGUAUGAGGAUAAUCAGGUUGGCGAUGAAGAUGCUUUUGCCAGAGAGCCCUUCAUCCUGCGCUUCCGCUGUCCUUCCACAGUUGUAAAAGACCUGGUCCUGAUACCUGUCCAUACCAAGCCAGACGACUCACUGAAGGAACUCGAUGAGCUGUAUGACGUGGUGAAAGCAGUCAGAAGGAAGUGGAAAACAGACAACAUUAUGAUACUGGGAGACUUCAAUGCAGAUGGUCGAUAUCUCUCUAAGAAAAAGAAGGAAUCAAUCCGAAUCUCCUCUGAUCCUUUCUUUUGGUUGAUAGAUGAUGAUGUUGACACAACGACUAGUAAUUAUAAUGACCACACCUAUGACAGGAUUGUGGUGUAUGGAGAAAAAAUGCUAGAUGCCAUCCUUCCUGAAUCCGCCAAAUCCUUCAACUUCCAGGAGGAGUUUGGCCUGACUGAUGAAGAGGCUGAAAGCAUCAGUGAUCAUUAUCCUGUGGAGGUGGAGCUUGAGAGUGUCCAAACAAAGCAGAGGAAGCAGGCUUUGCCCCGAACAAGAAAAACAUCCACUAAAGGAAAAACUCCACAGAAAGGAAUUAAGAAGAGGACAAAGCCCUGUGGAUCCAAGAGUAAAAGUUCAGCAGGAAAAAAGAGAAAAGGACGACCAGUGACAUCCAACAGCCCAACAAAAAGGAGACGUUAAGCUAUCUUCUCUAGUCAUCCGCUGAUGUGCUGUUUAAAAGUUUUGAUGAAAUCUCCUUGCCUGUUUAAUAAUCAGAUAAACACAAAAAGAUUUUAUAGCCUCAAAAUAAUUCUUUUUUGAUCAUUUCAGUUAAAUAAGCCUUUAAAGGGAGCAUUUGGUCCAGAAGUAUGGGCCCUUUUAACACUCUGUAGUCCAAUAACUUAUUACCUCCAAACUUUAUGUAUUUUUGCUGGUUAUUGCUUUGUGUUUAUUGCUCACAGUUGUGUAAUUUAUAUUUAAGGCUUGUAUUUGAUUAAAUAUAAAAUAACAAAACACUUCACUAAAUGAAUCGAUAGACUGGUAAGUAAAUCGAGCAGAAUUAUAGGUCAGGUUGUCUUGAAAGCAUCCCUGAACUUUGAAAAAUGGAUUAUCUAUUCAAGAUGCAAAUUUUAAAACAUAGAAACAUAGAAAUUAGCACCUUAAACUCAGUAAUCAGGUACUGUUAAAACAGAAAUUGGUAAAGCUUUUAUAAAGAAUGAUUAACACAUAAAAAUAUUUACAUAUACAUUUGUCUUGACUCAAUCAUAUUAAUAUGUUUCACAGGAUGUCCGUAUUUUCUAUUACAAAAUAAAAUAAAUAAAUAAAUAAAACAAGUUUUUUCUACUUUAAAUUAUUUUUGGACAUUUCAGAUUUUAAGUUGCUGGAUUUUUUUUCUAUAUGUUCUUAGAAAGCAGUUGUUUGAUUUAGCAUUUAGUUCUAAAGUAGGUUUGAUUAAAGUUACAAAUACAGUCAUGGAAAACUAUCCAUAAUAUAUGUGAAAUACUCUUUGACUUUUCAAAAAUGUGUGAAAUUUGUAUUUUUUUCAAUAUGAGAUUAAACUUACUGAAUUUGAUUGUUGUAUUUAGCAACAAAACUUUUAUAGUUGUUCUAUUUUUAAAAAAUGUUGUUUUUCUCUAUAGCUUUAUAGUGCUCAAGACAGAAACAUUACCACUGGUCCAUCGAUAAAUAAACCGGUCAGUCAUUGGAUAAUCUGACUAUUCAAUGGAUUUUACCACUACACAUAUCUCUUAUUCUUUGUUCAAUGUUAUUUUCUAGGAAUUCUUUUUUUUUUUUUU